AUGCCAGUAUUCCUGCCUGGGGACUUGAUCCCCUCUGAUCAGAUCCCAACAUCUCAGAAGCGCAAAAUAGGGCGUGGACUCCAACAAGACGAACAGAAUAACUUCCUCGCCACCAUUGGGGGAUACUUGGACAUCGACUACCGUAAGAAGACGGCACAGAUAUCCACGCCAGAUGCUCGCUAUAUCCCAAGAGCAGGAGACCUCGUGAUUGCCCAAGUACGAAUCUCAACCGCAGACUUUUUCCACGUCUACAUCAACCCUUACUCCCCUCAGGCCUUCUUGCCACAGUUGGCCUUUGAGGGCGCUACCAAGAAGACGAGGCCUCAGCUCAAGACGACUGACCUCGUCUACGCCAUAGUUGUCUCUGCACAGAAGAACAUGGAGAUCGAAUUAAGUUGCGUGAAUCCAUCCACAGGCAAGGCGGAACCUGACGGUCUGGGUCCGCUUACCGGUGGAAUGGUUUUCGAUGUCAGUCCUGGUCUCGCUGACAGACUUCUCAAGAAACAAGGUGUCGUGGCACUGGAGGAACUGGGGUCGAAACUACCCGGCGGGUUUGAGAUUGCUGUUGGCAAAAACGGGAAGGUAUGGGUCGAUUGUCCUGAAGCCGGCGUGAAGGGGAUUUGUGCGGUGGGGCGAUGCCUCAGCGAGAUGGAUGAGAAUGAGUUGAAGGAGAGGGAACAAAAGAAGCUGGCGAACAGGAUCAUAGCGGAGCUGGAGCGUGGUUGA